AUGGGGCGUGGUGAGGCGGAUGGAGGGGGCGUGGGUGUUGGUCGCCUUACGGGCAAGAAAAGCAAGGCAGAAGACCCCAGCCGCUGGAGAGCAGCGAGCAGGUACCAACCAGCUUGCAGUUUACAGAAGAAGUGCAGCACACACAACAGCAAUGACAGGGUCAUGACCGGACUGGCAGGCACGAACGCAGAUGCCUACCGCACCCCAGCAGAGAUCCUGGCCCCGCUAAUGUACAAGUGGAACAUAAGGUAA